CUAACCGCGUUGCCUACGACCGUUGCGGCCUUAGUAACGCCUGCCACCUGCCACAUGCACUCCCGAGACACGGAUACUCCACGUUUCUGUGGCUCUUUGUGCUUGGUUCCAAUUUUUCGGCUCUGGUGGCUAGUCCCGACGCCGAUAUUCAUCUCGCCUUCGCGAAUGUCUCCAAAAGGAGAAUGGUGCCAUCACGUGAGUAUAUCAUCAUCGAUCACUUUCGUCUACCGGGUUGUGGGAACUGCGCGAGUCGAUGUAAUCUCAUUGGUCCAUAACAAAUCUCCCGCUCUCUCGUCUCAUCCUUCUAGGGGGUAUUCCCAAGAGAAUACAAAAGCGGUAUUGAUUGGACGAACUCUGGGCGCAUACAAAUACAUUUAUUGCGGCAGUGUGCUUAUCACGUCAUCUUUCUGGAUUGCUGCAGAUGGCAGCAUUCAGGUGUAG